AUGGGGAUUCUCCGGAACUCGGUUAUAGGGAUACCGGUUUUGGUGGUGGCGUUGUUCUUGGUACGAGUUGUAUUGUUCAAAACCGGUUUGAUUUACACGGUUAAGCAAUGGCGGAUGAAGAUCGUCGAUUGGUUUCACGUUUAUCAGUUCUACAGAGUCCCUGAGUUCAACGAUAACUUGCAGGAGAAUCAACUCUACCGUAGGGUUCACGCUUACUUGAAUUCACUCAGCUCCAUCGAGAAUUCGGAUUACACAAACCUCUUCGCUGGGAGAAAGUCAAACGAGAUCAUCCUCCGUCUCGAUCGGAACCAGGUGAUCGGAGACGAGUUUCUCGGCGCUAGAGUCUGUUGGAUCAACGGAGAAGACGAAGACGGUUCGAGGAGUUUCGUUUUGAAGAUCCGAAAAGCUGAUAAACGGAGGAUCCUCGGUUCCUAUCUCAACCAUAUACACACAGUCUCGGAGGAGCUGGAGCAGAGGAACAAGGAGCCGAAGCUGUUCAUGAACGUCGCCGGAAACGAGGAGAAGAUCGGGAGAUGGAGAUCGAUUCCGUUUACUCACCCUUGCACCUUCGAUAACAUCGCCAUGGAGGCGGAUCUGAAGGACAAAGUGAAGUCCGAUCUCGAAUCGUUUCUCAAAGGGAAACAGUUUUACAAUCGACUCGGACGAGUGUGGAAACGGAGCUACCUUCUCUACGGACCUUCCGGCACCGGAAAAUCAAGCUUCGUGGCGGCGAUGGCUAGUUUUCUAAACUACGAUGUGUACGAUAUAGAUCUAUCCAAAGUAGAAGACGACUCGGAUCUCAAGAUGAUUCUGUUACAAACCACGUGUCGAUCCGUGAUCGUCAUCGAGGAUCUAGAUCGGUUCCUCUCGGUUAAAUCAACGGCUCUGAGCGUUUCCGGUGUUUUGAAUUUCACCGACGGGAUUCUCAGCUCAUGCGCCGCGGAUGAACGGAUCAUGGUCUUCACCAUGACGUCUAAGGAGCAGAUCGACCCGGCGGUGCUCCGUCCGGGUCGGGUCGACGUUCACAUCCAUUUUCCGUUAUGCGAUUUCACGGCGUUUAAGGCGUUGGCGAGCAGCUACUUGGGGUUGAAGGAGCACAAGCUCUUCCCUCAAGUGGAAGGCAUAUUCCGAGACGGUGCGUCUCUAAGCCCCGCCGAGAUCGGAGAACUGAUGAUCGCCAACAGAAACUCGCCGAGCCGUGCGCUUAAAUCGGUGAUCAACGCGUUGCAAACGGACGGUGAUCGGAGGGGAACUCCGGCGAGUACGAGACGGUUGUUUCACGAAAGAGCGUCGUCGGAAGAUUACGAAGGAGAUACGAGUGGGCCUUUAUGCGGCGGAGGAAGUUCGCCGGCGGUGAAGGAGUUCAAGAAGUUGUACGGACUAUUGAGGUUGAAAAGCAACAGGAAAUCUCAGUCGUUCAAUCUGACUCGGGAGCUAAGGAACGGUUCGUGA